AUGGCCAAGAGAAGCAAAAAUCAAAUAAGGCGCGAGCGACUAAAACAGAGAAAGCUCAAUGACCAAUCAAAAGUGGAUCUAAAACAAAAUGUAGCUGAACACCCUGAGCAACAAAAAGAGAACAUGGAGGUGGAAGUGAAAGAGAAGGAGAGGGAGAAGAAGAAUGAUGAGGAUGAGGGUAAGAGGACGGAUGAGGAGAAGGAUAAGAAGAAUGAGGAUAAGAAGACGGAUGAGGAUGAGGAUGAGGACAAGGAUGAGGACAAGAAGAAUGAGAAGGAAAAUGUUGAUGAGGAUAUUCAGCAACAAGGAAAUGAAGCGGAGACACAACAACCAAACACAGAAGAAGUGGCAGAGCAGAUCAAUGGCGAAAAAGAAGAACAUAUCAAUAAAGUCGAAGAAUCUUCUCUUUUGCAAGAGUAUGAGUCCAUCCUUAACAAAUUCAACAUCCCCAAUACUGAAACAGUUACAGGGAAUACCAAUUCAGACACAAUCACAGUGUUUGAGAAUGUAGACCAAAACGAUAGUACAGUUGGAUCUCCCAUAACAAGUGAUGACGAACUCGAUAACGAUGAAAUAGAAGGAGUAGGGAAUAAUAAUGAAGAUAUUUCUAAUGAACAACCUCAACACAUCUCACGUCGUCAGCAACGACUACGCAACAAAGUGCCCAUAUCCUCACUCAAAAUUCUUACACAUCGUCCUGAUCUUGUUGAGGCCCAUGAUGCUGACUCACAUGAACCGAACCUUCUCGUGCAUUUAAAAUCACUUCCUAAUGCUAUUCCUGUACCGUCGCAUUGGUCAUCCAAACGAGAUUAUCUUUCAAGCAAACGUGGGGUAGAGCGGCCGCCAUUUCAGCUACCGAAGUUCAUCCGUGAUACAGGUAUUCAGGAGAUGAGAGAAACUGCACCAGCCGAAGGUAGUGGAGAAAAUGCUAAUAAAACAUUGAAGCAGCAGCAACGAGAGCGUGUUCAAGUCAAACUUGGUCGACUCGAUAUUGAUUAUGAGAAAUUGUAUAAUGCAUUCUUUCAUCAUCAAACGAAACCACGUACAUCUCAAUUUGGUGAAUUGUACGAAGAGGGAAAAGAAAUGAUUGAUGAAAUGACUAACCAGGUGAAAAAUUACCGACCUGGGGUGAUUAGCUUAGAAUUACGCAGAGCAUUGGGCAUGAAUGAACAUGAUUUGAAUGUUGCACCAGCAUGGAUUACUAUUAUGAAGGAUAUUGGAAAACCACCCAGUUACGAAGAUUUGAUCAUACCUGGAAUUGAUAUAAGGUAUGACAAUUUAGGGUAUAGAGAUAAACACGGCGGCGAUUUUGGUGGAAAUGUGAAGUAUUGGGGAAGAAUCAGAAAUAACAUAGACGAGGAAGAAGGAGAGGAAGACGAUGAUGAUGAUGAAGAAGAAGAUGAGGAUGCUGAAGAAGAUGAUGAAAAUGAUGGUGAAGAAGAAGAGGAAGAUGAAGAUGAAGAGGUGGUGGAUGUCAAUGGAGGUGAAACGAAACAAAUGUUUAAUGGCGAAAGAGGAAAGGACGACAAAGUAAGGAAAGUUGCUAAUGAUUAUGAAAGAAAAAUUAAAGCCGAUAGUGCCUCGCAAAAGUCGAAUAUGCUAACGGAGGAUAAGGAAAAACAAUCGCUAACUGACAUCCUCUCCGACGUUGGUGAUGCAGAGGAUAAAAAGAAAAAAACCGAUGCGCAAGAGUUUUUGUACAAGGUGCUCACUGAAAAGAAAGCUGAUGGUAUGACUUCUCAUACUUAUGAUCUUUAA